UGACGUAUGGAUGUAAACAAUGAAGAAUUUUAGUAAAGAUGUACGCUUCUAACUCAUCGUUUAGGCCUAUAACAGAGUCACACAGAGCAUCAAGAUAGUCUCUACACUACCGGAGCUAAGAUACAAGUCAUUAGAACAUAUCAAAACAAGUCCAGAAGCUUCACAAGCAUCAGCAACCAUGAAUGUUUCACUACCAGACCCUCUAGGGCAUAGACAGAACUCCUGGGAGAAUAGAAUGCCUGGGUCACCAGCGAGCAGCCCUGUCACAGAGAAACCCUUCCAUUACUCAUAUUUGAAGGAGUUUCGAGUGGAGCAAUGUAAGGCCUUCCUCCAGCACAAGUGCAGCCAGCAUCGUCCCUACACUUGCUUCCACUGGCACUUCAUGAACCAGAGGCGCAGACGACCCACGAAGAAAAGAGACGGCACCUUCAGCUAUAGUCCCGAUGUCUACUGCUCCACGUAUGACGAGACCACUGGGAUGUGUCCUAAUGGAGAGGAGUGUCCGUACCUACAUCGUACUGCUGGAGACACAGAGAGAAGAUAUCACCUCCGCUACUACAAGACAAGCACAUGUGUGUAUGAGACAGACUCGAGAGGUUUCUGUAUCAAGAAUGGGCCCCACUGUGCAUUCGCCCACGGACCUCAUGAUAUCAGACCACCAGUGUACGAUGUGCGAGAGCUACAGGGGGGUGGGCUGGAAGAUGAGGAGAGAUUGAUAUCCCCCCUCGUGGGGAGCUUGGAGAAGGAGAGGGGAGUACUAGUGGAUGAUCCUCGGUGGCAAGAGUGUAGCUUUGUGUUGACGUACUACAAGACAGGGCCGUGUAAGAGACCUCCUCGACUCUGCAGACAGGGCUAUGCUUGUCCAUUCUACCACAACAACAAGGACAGGAGGAGAACACCAAAGACACACAAAUAUCGGUCCACGCCUUGUCCUAACGUGAAGCUCAACGAUGAGUGGAGUGACUCGGUCCACUGUGACCAGGGAGAUGCAUGCCAGUACUGCCACACACGAACAGAGCAACAGUUCCAUCCGGAGAUUUACAAGUCCACCAAGUGCAACGAUGUGCAGCAAACUGGCUACUGCCCCAGAGGACCAUUCUGUGCCUUUGCUCAUGGCGAGAAGGAAUUGACAGCUCCAAGAGACCUCACAGAUGAGCCCAUGAUCACCACACCCAGCCCAGUCAUGGCUGGUUCCUCUGUUCCUGCUCCCUCGUUGUCUGGCCACACUGGUAUAUUGUCCACCUCCCCACACUCCACCUCUCUCCCUCGUCCCAUUGGUCGCCCGGCCAGUCGUGGAGGGGCCGUGGCCUUGGGAACGGGGGAAGGGUUUCAGAAAGCACCGGGUGCAGAGGUCAAGAGUAAAUCAUUUGAGGAAGAUCAAAUCGCUCUGUAUCUGCGUAAACAAGUACAAGCCAUCGACAGUGACUACACAAUCGAUGAUGGGGAAAAAUCACGGAGAAAGAAUUUGUUGAGGCUAUCUCUGAGCUCUAGUGCUGGCAUGAGUCCGGACACCAACUUUCCUCAGGCCCACAGUCUCCCCUCUAGCGUGUCCGAUACCCUCGAGGCAAUGGUGGGUGGUGGUCUAGAUGACCUCACCUUAGAGGACAUUGACUCAGCAGGCCUCACUGACGACCCAUCAGAUAUGUACAACCCUCGUCGUAUGGUGGAUCGUUCUCCCAUGGCUCAGGGUUUCCUCCAGACAUUGCACCAGCCCAGUCGUAACUCCUCGUCCUCAUCGUACCCCUACUCCACCCCCCUAGGACCUCUCUCUCCGUACGGGCCCUCCUCUGGACUGCCACAGAGUCAUCCCGGUCCGUUCCAUCACAUCCAGACGUUUGGCUCAGGGGGUGGGUUCUCGGGACCAUCCCCCCACCACCCUCCCUCAUCCCCCGGACCCCUUCACUCUCCCUACCACCCCCAACAGCAACAACAACAACAGCAGCAGCAGCAGCAGCGUUACGGACAGCAUUCCCUGAGGGCACCGCCUGCAUCACCCAGCAAACAGUCACCCAUGUUCCAUGCUGCAAUGGGCUCACCUAUAGAGAAGUCAGAACUGGCUUCUCUAAAAGAUGAGCUGAGACAAACCAAGCACCAGCUGGCACUAUUCCACGACUCUUGGAAACAAGCCAAACUGGCGUGCGAGGCGUGGAAGAAAGAAGCCGAAGGUGCUGCAGGCUUGGAGUCUAAACUGAGGGAGAUGGAGGGGAAGGUACGGGGCCUACAGAGUGCUGCUCCACUGAGAGGCCUGGAGAACACUGAUGUUACUAGACUUCCAUUGUCCAAACUGGAGCAAGUACAGCAGCAGUUGAGGGGAGAUUUGGAGAGAGUGGAGACGUCUAUUCGACAACGAGUACCGAUCCUCUGUACCCAAUGUAAAGAGUAUCCUCGGGUGAUCCUGAUGCAGCCUUGUAACCACUGUGUACUGUGUGAGACAUGUGCAGAAAGAAUGGGGAACGAUAGCACCUGCCCCUACUGUAACGAGCGGAUCACUGGAUGCACCAAAGUCAUCCUCCCCUAGGCCCUGUAUACAAAAAAUUAGAACUCGCAUUUAGAAAAUAACUAUGAACAAAUUUAUCUCCUUGUAGCCUUAGGGUAUGUAUGUAUGGUUAUUUCAAUUUUUCCCAUUUCGUUCCGUUUUAAGCACUUUGUCUCAUUAGGUUGUUGUGUUCGUGUUUGUCAUCCGAGUCACUCAUGUGUUCAGCCGAUCAUCAGGUGGUGUGUAUGUUCCUAGGAAAACCUUAUUUAUCAUUAUUUUAAAUAAUUAUUAAUAGCUGUUUUUUUUCAUUUUAGGUAUUUAAUCAUUAUUGUAUAUACAUGUACAUUUCCGUUUCAAGUCACUAGAAUCUCUUUCAAUGUAAUGUCAUUUUAUCAGUUGUCAGUCCCUCCA